GGUAGCGGUGGUGUGAAAUCAUGGCCGGCAACAAGAUUGCGGCUACCGGUAGUUCGUCGAUUCGUUGAGCCGAGGCGGCAGCGUUCGCGAAAUGGAGUCGGAUAGUUGCUCGGUCACAGCGACUCGUUGCCAACAACGAAAGGGGGCGAAGGAAGGCGAUUUGUGGCGGCGGGGUGCCGAUGGAUGUGGCGCUCGAGCAGAGUAUCGUCGAGUGCGUGGAAGUGGUUCGAUGUGUCAGAGUGCCAAAGCUGAAGAAGAGCGACACAUUGAAUCGUCCCAGUGUCUAGACGAAGGGUUGCACGUGGAGUUAGGUUGUGGAUCUUCGAAUGAUGGAAUGCCAGCCACGAGUGGAGGGAUGUAUGACCGAAGGAGGCGGUGCGAGGGGAUUGGCUUGUUGCACGGCACGGAGGAUAGCGAUACGGUUGUCCUCUUCGGCUCGAUGAGCGGGAGCAUUGCCUCUUCGCGUCGGGAUAGCGUGCCUCCUCGACCAUGUCAAGAGGGUCUUGUAGGCGAUUCUACCACUCUCUCGGAUGAACAAGAGGUGUCAAGAGCUGCAGAGGUAAUUGAUCCGCCGAGGUCAUCGAAUCCGAAUGAGAGUCUACACGGCUUUCCUGUAGGGUCUUCUUGUCGGGUGAUGCCAGCAACAGAUCGCCAUAGAUAUGAUGCUUGCUACGACGACGAGGAGGAUGAGCAGGAAGAAGAACAGAAGGCUGCAGACGGCAUUGAUGGGCAGAGACAGAAGGCCAGCGUGGACGCAACAAUGGUGGGGACCAGUAGCAGCUCGGGGGCGAACGAUAUCUUCGUUCGUAAGAGCGUGUUGCUGAGGACGGAUGACGUGAGCUCCUCCCUUCGCUGUGAUGAUGACCGUGUGAUUGAUAUGGUCAUCGAAUCGAGUGGUGAGAAUUUUCUCCGCCAAUUGCGAAUGUUCAAAUCCGCUCAAGAUAUGUCUGUUAUGAAGUCGUCCUCGCCGAGCAUUACCCACCGAAGCAAACGAAGAAAGAAGAGGCUGGGGCGCACAGCUCCAGUUCCAGCGCCAGCGCCAGCGCCAGCGCCUGCUGCUGCUGCUGCAAAACCGGAAGCGGUGUUUCUUCCGUGGAGGACAAGUUCUGGUGAAGGUCGUCCUGCGGAAGCAAGCAGCUCGCUGUUUCAGCGAUUUCUGAAGAAGAAGGGGGGCGAAGAUGGCCGCGUUGGCAGUGCCAGGGACAAGGAUGACGUCGAAGUGGCGAUGGCGUCGUCGUCGUCGUGGGGGGUGAGCAAAGUGAUGCUUGGGGGUGGAAGUCGUGUCCGCGGCGGUACAAGUGAGAUGACCAGCGAGCCGUCGACGGUGGCAGAGAGGACCUCUGUGCGACCCGGGUUUCGUCUUAGUAGGAAGGAGGAGGUAAGUGUGGGAGAAUUUUCGGACGCGUUGAUGUCAUCAUUUUGUCGUGCGGAUGCCAACUGGUCUCUGGCGGGAAAAGUGACUCUGGAUGAGGGGGAAGAAAGCGACAAGAGGGAGGGGAGGUUGUGCCGCUAUGCCUCUAUGGACGACUGCACCGUGAAUUGGGAAGCCGAUUCUGGUGAGGGGUGUGGUGAUAAGAGGAUGGAAUCUUCUUUGGAGGUGACGUCGAGAGCGAAGAACGAGGCAUCACUUAGGCAGCGGGUGGGGUCGAUGACUUCUUACGGUGGCGGUGAGAUGAGUGGUCUUGGCUGCGUGCCUGACAUCCCCCGUGGCAAUGCAGGUAUGAUCUCCACCUCCCUCCUCUCCCCUCGCUAUUACGAAACUUUGACAGCCCCUCCUCAUUUUGAUCGUUGCCGCGGUGAAUAUGACCUGGAUGAUGUCGUUGUUCUUGGAGAUGACUAUGAUGAUGAUGAUGAUGAUGGUGAUGAUGAUGAUGAUACGGAGCUGCGACUCAUCCAUGACCACGAGGGCGGUUGUGACGAUGAUUACAUUAGCCACAGCAGUGGAUUCGAUGACGAGAGGAUGAUGGAGAUUGGCGUGGAAACGAGGGAGGGAACGGAAGCGCUUUGCGACACCAGGGAGGAGUCAUUAACAGCGGAGGCGUUUCUUGCAUCGGUGGCACGUGGGAGGGAGGAGGCGGAAGGGAUGGCAGACGCAACAGCAGCGUGCCACGCGCCGGUCGUCGACCUGUGGCCCGAGCUCGAGUCCAAGUUGUGGCAAGUUGCUGCUAGCAACAACUCGUUUCUCAGGUGCCAGGCGGAAGAGAGGGAAGACGAGGAGGUUGAUGGGUCUCCCGAUGCAAAUGUGGGAAGGAUGAAAUCUUGGGAGGAAGACGACGACCUGUUCCCCGCACCGUCUUCAUCGGCGAUCAUCGACGGCUGUAAGCGCUUCUCCUCGUCGUCUCAGAUGUGCGUGCGCAACGCGCCGCCGUCGGAGUCUUCGUCACUGUAUUGCGACGAUGCGAGGGAUCGAUGGGGCCCGGCAGCGCUGGGAGAGUUGGGUCUCCAAGCGCGGAACAGGAGGAGAGAAGGAGGAGGUCGGUCCAAAGGUGCCUCGAAGAACGAGUGUAAGCAACCAAAGGCGUGUCUCGACUUUGUUCUGGAUGAUGGAGCUGCUCGAAAGUCCGAUCGGCCACGCUUUUCGUUCGAAGCUGAAGGCGAGGGGGACGUCAAGGGCCAAGGCUUCCUCCAUACGUUGGGGGGGUCUGACAUGAUGAUGAUCAUCUCGCCUUCGGACGUAUCCGUGGAGAAGGAAGGGAGACGAGAUGCUUCAUGGAGGCGGAAGGAACAGAAGCUAGGGAGAGCGAGUGUUGUUGACAAGUUGCGCACCAGUGUGGUGUCUUCUCCAACACGUGGGUGUAAUACCAGGAAGACGAAGGUCGGCUAUGGCGAUGUUGAUGAUGACGAUGAUCAAAAGACUUGGUGGAAGGCAUCGUCCGACUCACGGAAGCUAUUUUUGGCAGACGAGGAGGCGUGUUUGAAAACGCGUGUUGUGAAAGAAGACCCUGCUGGCGGAGUGGUGGUGGUACCGCAAGUGGGUCCCAAGCAGCGCUCGCCGUGGUGGUCAGCCAAAGAGCAAGAACGCGAUGAUGUCGGGUUAGCCGAAAUUGAUUGCGACUCGUCGAUUUGGAAAGAGCCCCGAGAAUCGAGGAACUCAAAUGCACUAGCCUCUGUUCCCGAGGGGUUGGCCGAAGAGGCACAAGGUGAGAAACUCCGGGGGGGGGUGGAUGGUGAUGAGGGGUCUGUUUCCAGUGACGAGGACAAGUGGGAGUGGAAUGAGACGGUCGACUCGCCGGCGAUGGCAUCAUCCCAAAGGAGGAGCAGGAGGCAAGAAGAGAGGAUUCGAAAGUUGGGAUGGGAGCUGGCCAUAAGGAAGAUGCAGAAGGUGACAGAGAGAACGGUAUCGAGAGUGCAGCAAGCGGGAGCGGUUUAUUGUGCAAAUAGCAAGAGAGGACAGGAGAUCGAGGUCAGUGGAGCGCCCGAGAGCGACGGCCGUGCUUUCGGGACGUCGACGUGUCCCGGGGGUGUGAAGAUUGCUGCGGGCAUUGCUUCGGUUGCCGCGGUGGGGGCCUUGUUUACGUAUAUUUGUAGGAGAAGAAGUGGUCGCUGGAACUUGCUGUCUGAGUAGUCUGAGUAGUCGGACGUGGGGGGUAGCAAGAAGACGAGGGAACAUGUGGGAGGAGUGUAGUAGUAGAAAACCAUGCAGAAGAGGGCUGGGCUGGAGUUUGUCUGGCCCGAUGCGCCUUUUUUGCAGACAAGGGGGUGUCGUUUGUCGUAGUGCCGGAUUUCCAAUUCCGACUGCAAUUCAGUUAGUCGAGCGCCCUGCAUACUUAUUUUGUACUGUGAACAUUUGAUUGUUGCGAAGUCGGUGAUGGUGUGGAAGUGUAGAGGGGUAGCCGGAGACACACACAGUGAGAGAGAGAGAGAGAGAGAGAGAGAGAGAUGUACAGUUGGGAACAAGCUUGAUAGAGGAGACAGAUUCAACUGUUCCUCCUCGGUUGCCUCCGGGAAUAGGUUCGUUUUGCAGCUUUUAGUGUUUUGAGACUCUGAGUGAAAUGCUUCCACUGCGUUGUUGUUUUUAGAUAUAUGAAGGGCAAACUGCUUGCAACGUGCGGCAUGCGUUUCUUUUUGAAAUGCGCGCUGCCAAGGUUAGGACCAGGUGUGUGCGGGCAUGAUUGGAAUUCUGGAAUUCCCUUCCUUCCCCGUCGUUUGCCUAUGUAUUUUGUCGUGUGUAGAUGGACCCAUGAUUUUUAUUGUCUUUUCUUUGUUUUUUUUUGUUUUUUUUUGCAGCCCCGGAAUCGUUGCCGUGUGGAAAUUCAUUUUCCAUGUAUUUCCAACCGAGUUAAUGCUUUCGUGAAUUGUAGGAGAGAGGCAUACCAGACGGGUGGGUCGGGGCGUAGGCGACAGUCAGUUUCAUUAUUAUUAGGGUGUCUGCGUACGAGAACCUCGUGUACGCGCGAUUUUGUGUUCGUCAGCGCUCGGUAGUAUUUAUUUCUGAGACAUGUAGUAUUUAUUUCUGAGAGACAUGGCAGCAAUCAAUUUCAGAACUCAGGGCAUACUCACACUAGGACUUUUUUCGAUUGAGCUCUAGACGCUGUUGAGGUCAGAUGCAUCGAGCUGUGGCCGUAAUUGCAGUCAGAUUCAUUCUGAAAAUUCCUAGUGUGAGUAUGCCCUUAGUGACCAUUUUUUGACAGUUUUGGAUUUGAACGAUUUGAAGGACCUAGGGUUGUCAUCAUGUAGGCGGAGAAGGUGGUAGGGCGUACUCACACUACCACUCUUCGGAAUGAAUCUGACCGUAAUUACGGCCAGACGUGGAUCUAUCUGGGUGUAUUUCCGUCCAGAAAUAAGUAAAAAGGUCCUAGGGUGAGUAAUAGGACCGUAAAUACGGCCAGAACUGGAUGUAUCUGGUCCAGAUCCUGUUACCAAUUGGGGCGUUUCAUUGUUCAUUAUGACAUUCGGAUUGGGCGAACAGCCUAAGACGUGAUGUUGCUCUUCAUUUCAGCUACAUGUUGCUGAAGUUCGUAUGUAUGUAGGUUCAAAGGGAGAGAGAGGUGGGCGCAUUGUCGCCUGUGUUUUUCUGUGUCGGUGUCGUUGAACACCUACGGCCGAGCGAUUUAAAUAAAAACGUGUUUCGAGA